CACGCCCCUCGUGACGCUUCACGUCACAGCGCGCAAUCCUAUUGGGCACAAAGUCUGCUCCCUGAUUGGGGAAGAGCUCAUUUGUAGCCGGCUACGGGGAGGCAGCGCUGUCUUUACUGUACCUACAGAAUUGCUCCCCCCGUGUGUGGGACAGAUGAAGUGGUCCAUGGGUGAAGUUUAGGAGAAGGAAGCCUGUAGCUAGAGAGUGCUGUCAGCUCGGCGUCCAUAGGGAAUAGCGGGCGGAGGCAUCAUGCAGUCUAUGCGCUGGCUGCCGCUGGAGGCCAAUCCUGAUGUAAUGAACCAGUUUCUCAAGCAGUUGGGUGUUGGCACUAGUUGGCAAUUUGUAGAUGUCUAUGGACUUGACCCGGAGCUGCUCAGUUUGGUCCCUCGCCCUGUCUGUGCUUUGCUACUUCUCUUCCCUGUAACAGAAAAAUAUGAACAUUUCAGGGCAGCGGAGGAAGAAAAAAUAAAAUCCCACGGUCAAGAUGUGGAUUCCUCUGUUUACUUCAUGAAGCAGACAAUAAGCAAUGCCUGUGGAACAAUUGGCCUCAUUCAUGCAGUGGCAAACAACAGGGACAAGCUGAGCUUUGAAAGUGACUCUGCUUUGAAGAAGUUUCUACAUGACUCCACUUCAUUAAGUCCUGAAGAAAGAGCCAAAUUUCUAGAAAAAGAUGAGAGUAUUCGGGUUACACAUGAGAGCAGUGCUCAGGAUGGACAGACCGAGGCACCGAGUAUAGAUGAUAAAGUAGAUUUACACUUUGUUGCUUUUGUCCAUCUACAAGGACAUCUCUAUGAACUUGAUGGAAGGAAGCCUUUUCCAAUAAACCAUGGGAAAACUAGUGAGGACACGUUGUUAGAAGAUGCCAUUGAAGUUUGCCGAAAGUUUAUGCAGCGGGAUCCAGAUGAACUGAGGUUUACUGUGGUGGCUUUCUCUAAAGCAUAACAAAGUCUGGACCUGGUUUGAAUGCAAAAAUGCCCGAGAAGACUUGAAAGAAAGCCACGUGAUGAAAUCUAAAUUUUAUAUCUUUCUGAGAAAAUGUUAAUAAAUAAAAUGACAAAGUAUACCAAUCCUGACAUACUGUGGUGACUGCCUCCUACAGCUUGUCUCCAGUUCUUUCUAGUUUUUAAAGCAUGACAUGUUCAUUGUGAUGUUACCAAUAAACAUGACGAAAGUGAAGACAGUCAAGGCCUGU